GGCAGUCCCUCUGACGGGGCUGAAAAAAAGCCAUUUUUUCUGGCGCUGCUGCUGCUGCUGCCCGAGCCCGAACCGAGCCGGAGCGACCGGGACCGAACCGGGACCGAGCCGGGACCCGCUUCUGCCCGUUAAACGCAGAUCCACAUCAGUCCAGAUGGAUAAGAUGCAGCCGAACCGGAUCAAGAUCACGGAUCUGAACCCGCACCUCACCUGUCCUCUGUGUGCAGGAUACCUGAUCGAUGCAACGACCAUCGUAGAGUGUUUGCACUCCUUCUGUAAAACCUGCAUCGUGGCGUUCCUGGAGACCAACAAGUUCUGCCCGCGGUGUGACAUGCAGGUCCAGAAGACGUGUCCCCAGCUCAGCAUCAGGGCCGACAAAACUCUCCAGGACAUCGUGUAUAAACUGGUUCCAGGAUUGUUCAAAGACGAGAUGAAGCGACGGAGGGAUUUCUACGCGGAGAACCGGGUCCUGGAGCCGGGGGAGGUGGUGGAAACGUUCAACAUCGCAGAGGACGAGAUCAUCAGUCUGUCCAUCCAGUUCUACGAGAAGAGCCGGAGCAGCGAGAGACAACGGCCCGAGCUGGAGGGAGACAAGUCCAACGGGAAGCGUUUCCUCCAGUGUCCCGCUGCCAUGUCCGUCAUGCACCUGGCCAAGUUCCUGCGGAGCAAGAUGGACAUCCCCAACAACUACCGGGUGGAGGUUCUGUACGGAGACGAGCCCCUGAAGGAUUACUACACACUCAUGGACAUCGCCUACUUCUACGAGUGGAGACGAACCGGUCCGAUCCCGCUGCAGUACCUGGUGAAGCCGACCCGGAAGCGCCGGCGGGCACCGCAGGCGGCGGCUCAGGGCCACUCGGACGGCGUCAACACGUCGCCCACGUCGGAGAGCGACUCCCAGAGCGAGAAGGUCCACAGUCCGACGGCGGCCCCGGCCCCGCGGGCGGCCCCGCCCCCCCGGGCGGCCUCGGGAAACCCCGCCCCCCACAACAACAGCCCCUCCCCCGCCGCCGUCCAGAGCUCCAACGGCCCCGCCUCCUCCGGCCCCGCCCCCCCACGCCACGCCCUCGCCGCCAAGCCCGGCGCGCGCAAGCUAACUGUCAACGGUACGAACGCCAGCGGCGCCAAGGAGGAGCCGCGGGGUGACAAAGGCGGGCCGACCACCUAGCGGUAGCUGCUGCCGCGGGGCGGCGAAGGCGGGCCGACCAGUUAACGCUAACUGCCGCGGGGACAAAGGUGGGCCGACCAGCUAACGCUAGCCGCCGCGGGGCGACAAAGGCGGGCCGACCAGCUAAUGCUAACCGCCGCGGGGCGGUGAAGGCGGGCCGACUACCCAGCGCUAGCCGCCGCGGCGGUGAGGACAGUAUUGACGCUGCCCCGCCCCCCAGGACGAGGCCCCGCCCCCGUCGCCGUGACGGCCGGCGCUGCUUCGCCUCAACUGGACAGAAUGAAGGAGUGACGGACACUCAAGUGUGUGUGUGUGUGUGUGUGUGUGUGUGUGUGUGUGUGUGUGUGCGCUAGACUAGAACGUGCACACACACAUCUGUACAGUGUGUAUGUGUGUGCAUGUGGAGCAUAAACUUAUCUUUUAUACGAGAUAUUGUAAUCGUUUUGUAUCGUAUAUGCAGUCGUCUGCCCCGCGGGUCCUGGUCCUGGAUCCGGUUCUGGACCUGGUCCUGGUUCUGGACCCGGCCUCGGUCCCGGUCCCGGACCCGGUUCCGGCCCGCGGGGCCCGUCAGCACCAGUAUUCCCAGCAGGAGCGGCGUCUCUCUCUCUUCAAGCACUACCAAGUUCAGCGGCUGGACUGACUCAAGUCCACGAACUCAAAAGGGAUUUAAAUAUUUGUUUUGUUUCCAUCAAAGUCCAACAUUCCUUCUGUUGCUUUUCAACGAGUCUUUUCUAAUCAGCCAUAUUGUGCAUGUUUAGGUCAAUAAAAUGUUUACUUACUAGG